CAUGCGCAUAAAUUAUUACGAAAUUUACAGCUCACGGCCGUACGAAAGCCGCCACGGGCCAAUUCAUUCUCGAUAGAGAUAGAGAAAAUAGAACGGAGCCAGCGCUUUCAUUUGAUUUCGGAUAUGGCGUGGUCGCUGUAUGAGGACAAGCUGUUCGAGCAGGCGCUGGUGGUCUUCCCCGAGGAGACGCCGAACAGGUGGGAGAUGAUAGCCCGCGGGGUGCCGGGGAAGUCUGCGGCCGAGGUGUGGCAGCACUACGAGGACCUGGUCCAUGAUGUCAUGGAGAUUGACUGUGGAAGGGUCAAGCUGCCGAGCUACAAGGAGGGCGGGACGGGAGAGUGGGGUGGUUAUGAGCCGUCGGGGACCAUCUCAACCCAGGCCUCAUCCGGGUUGAAGGCCAAAGUCGACGCUGAACGGCGGAAGGGUAUCCCUUGGACGGAGGAAGAGCAUAGGUUAUUUCUAGUUGGGCUGCAGAGGUAUGGGAAAGGAGAUUGGAGGAGCAUAUCGAGAAACGCCGUCGUAUCAAGAACCCCGACCCAAGUGGCCAGUCACGCCCAGAAGUACUUCCUCCGACUUAACUCCUCCGCCAAGAAGGAGAAGAAGAGGUCCAGCAUUCACGACGUCGCCGCCCCCGAUCCUGGGCCCUCCGGCCUGGCCCAUUAUAGUAAUUGGGCCGGACCCUCGCCCGAUCCUUUGACAUAGAACCAUCACUAGGUUAAUACGUACAUUAAAAUGCCUCUCACUGGUUUGUACUUUGUAGUGUACAUGUUAAGAUGUGAAUAUUCUGCUUUCCAUCUGGUUAAUGUAAAUAGUCCACUUUAAAUUGUAUCUAUCACUUGAUCAACUCACCGGCUAGGAAGACGUUAAAAAAAAAAAAAAAGAGUUGCUUGUUCCGACGA